AUGGCCCCUGCUCUUACAGACGCGCUGCCAACUGCGCCUCACAACUUGGCCGCUGCCGUUCCACUGGAUGUUUUCCCAGAUGGCUUGAAGACCACUGGCCAGCACCCCCCGCUCUACGACCACAUCCUACCUUUCGAUCGCUUCCCGCAACAAAUUACCGGUCCCACCGUGUGGAAGGCCGAGGACUAUCGCGAGAACCCCCAGAAGUGGACGCAUACGUUCACCCCCGAGCAAGUGGUGGAGCUGAGCGACGCGGCAGAUGCCUUCCUGGCAUCCAAGACCCCGCUAACGGGUAUUUCGAAGAGUAACUUCCAUCUUCCGAAGCUGGCGGAUUAUCUUGAGGUCCUUCGCAGGGAUCUCAUUGAUGGCAAGGGAUUCAUUCUGUUCAAGGGCUUCCCUGUUCAGCAAUGGGGCAACCACAAGUCCGCCGUGGCCUAUAUGGGUCUGGGAACCUACCUGGGCUAUUUCGUUAGCCAGAACAGUCGUGGUCAUGUCCUGGGCCAUGUGAAGGAUCUCGGCGAAGACUCGACUCAGAUUGACAAAGUGCGCAUCUAUCGCACCAACGCUCGCCAAUUCUUCCAUGCCGACGACUCCGAUAUCGUUGGCCUGCUUUGCAUUGCCAAAGCUCUUGAAGGCGGCGAGUCCGACAUUGUCUCUUCCCACCACGUAUACAAUACGCUGGCCGUUGAACGCCCAGACGUUCUUCAGACCCUGGCCUCUCCCAUUUGGUACUUCGACCGCAAGGGCGAGACCAGCAAGGGCCAGGAUGAAUACAUCCGCACGAGCGUCGUAUACCUGGAGCGCGGCGAGAACGGCCGCGUUUACACCAAGUGGGACCCGUACUAUGUGCGCUCGCUGACGCGCUUCUCCGACGCUGGCAUUAUCCCGCCGUUAUCUGCUGCGCAGCUAGACGCCCUUCAGGUGCUCGAGGACACCUGCAUGCGUCUCUCACUGCACAUGGUCCUGGAUAUCGGUGACAUCCAGUUCCUAUCUAACGCGCACAUCCUACACGCGCGCACCGCCUACACCGAUCAUGCCCCACCGGCGCCGCGCCGGCACCUGAUGCGUCUCUGGUUGGCAACUCCGGAGAGCGAGGGCGGGUGGAAGCUGCCCUUCUGGGACAGCAAUGAGAAGAAGCGGGGUGGGAUCCAGGUUGAUGAUCAGCCGCCUGUUGCCCCGUUGGAUGCAGAGUGA